CCCCAUUCUGUAGCAGAGGAGCGAGCAGCACGAUGAGACGCCAGUAACCGCCCGCCGUAGCAUGGCCGCGUCACGUUCCUCGCGCGUCACAAGGUCAUCGGUCGGGCUCAAUGGAUUGGACGAGAACUUAUGUGGCCGAACCCUCAGGAAUCGUAGUAUCGCCCAGCCGGAGGAGGGUCAGGGGUCACCCCUCCCCGGCAGCAGGGCCCCACGCUCUCCCAAGAAGAGACAGGAUAACCAGGCCGGGGCCUCAGAGAAGCCUGGGGUUCACCAGGGAAAGGUAGCCCACCACAAGGCCGCCUCAGUGGACGGGGAGACAUGUGCAAGCCCCAGGAAGAGGGUCCUGUCCUGCUCAGAGAGAGAGGGGGUUGGGGGUUCGGAGAAGGCUGAGAACUGUGAAGGGAGGGGGAAGGAGACGUCGGGUGCUGUGGGGAGGGAUGCUUCGCCGCUCCUCAAACGGGCCAAACGGUGCUUCCGCUCUGGGGAGUCGCAUGGAUCCAAGGAUGACCUCCCGUCUGCGCCCGUCAUCCCCGCCUCCCCCUGCGCCCCCUUAACGACUGUCAAGGAGAACAGUGAAGGGGGUGACGUGCUCAGAAGAAACUCCACCGCAGCCUCCCCUUCCUCUUCUUCACCUGACCUCAACAAGGAGGAAGGAGAGGAGGAUGACGUCGGCGGCCAUAUUGAGAGCGACGGCCAUGCUCAGCAGCCCCUGAACUCCAACUCCCAUAAGUCCAGUACCGGGCUGGGGCAGACCAGCAGUGGCCCUGAUGCUCAGACAAACUCCCUGUGUCUCAGCGCUGCCUCCAACACCACCUGUCCAGGUCCCAGUCCAGCACUGCUGAACGGCAGCCAGAGGGGGGCGCCCUGCCCCUCGCCCCCAGACCCCAUAGUGCCUUGUAGAAACUCUGAUCCUGGGCAGGAGGAGGGGGGUAAAGACUCGGAUCAUGGGCAGGAGGAGGAAGGUAAAGACUCUGAUCCUGGGCAGGAGGUAGAGUGUAAAGACUCGGAUCAUGGGCAGGAGGAGGAAGGUAAAGACUCUGACCCUGGGCAGGAGGAAGGUAAAGACUCUGAUCCUGGGCAGGAGGAAGGUAAAGACUCUGAUCCUGGGCAGGAGGAAGGUAAAGACUCUGAUCCUGGGCAGGAGGAGGAGGGUAAAGACUCUGAUCCUGGGCAGGAGGAAGGUAAAGACUCUGAUCCUGGGCAGGAGGUAGAGUGUAAAGACUCUGAUCCUGGGCAGGAGGAGGAGGGUAAAGACUCUGAUCCUGGGCAGGAGGAGGAGGGUAAAGACUCUGAUCCUGGGCAGGAGGAGGAGGGUAAAGACUCUGAUCCUGGUCAGGAGGAAGGUAAAGACUCUGAUCCUGGUCAGGAGGAAGGUAAAGACUCUGAUCCUGGGCAGGAGGAAGGUAAAGACUCUGAUCCUGGGCAGGAGGUAGAGUGUAAAGACUCUGAUCCUGGGCAGGAGGAGGAGGGUAAAGACUCUGAUCCUGGGCAGGAGGAGGAGGGUAAAGACUCUGAUCCUGGGCAGGAGGAGGAGGGUAAAGACUCUGAUCCUGGGCAGGAGGAAGGGUGUAAAGACUCUGAUCCUGGGCAGGAGGAAGGUAAAGACUCUGAUCCUGGGCAGGAGGAAGGUAAAGACUCUGAUCCUGGGCAGGAGGUAGAGUGUAAAGGCUCUGAUCCUGGGCAGGAGGAGGGUAAAGACUCUGAUCCUGGGCAGGAGGAAGGGGGUAAAGACUCUGAUCCUGGGCAGGAGGAGGAAGGUAAAGACUCUGAUCCUGGGCAGGAGGAAGGUAAAGACUCUGAUCCUGGGCAGGAGGAAGGGUGUAAAGACUCUGAUCCUGGGCAGGAGGAAGGUAAAGACUCUGAUCCUGGGCAGGAGGAAGGGUGUAAAGACUCUGAUCCUGGGCAGGAGGAAGGGUGUAAAGACUCUGAUCCUGGGCAGGAGGAAGGUAAAGACUCUGAUCCUGGGCAGGAGGAGGAAGGCAAAGACUCUGAUCCUGGGCAGGAGGAAGGUAAAGACUCUGAUCCUGGGCAGGAGGAAGGGUGUAAAGACUCUGAUCCUGGGCAGGAGGAAGGUAAAGACUCUGAUCCUGGGCAGGAGGAGGAAGGUAAAGACUCUGAUCCUGGGCAGGAGGUAGAGUGUAAAGACUCUGAUCCUGGGCAGGAGGAAGGGUGUAAAGACUCUGAUCCUGGGCAGGAGGUAGAGUGUAAAGGCUCUGAUCCUGGGCAGGAGGAGGGGUGUAAAGACUCUGAUCCUGGGCAGGAGGAGGGGUGUAAAGACUCUGAUCCUGGGCAGGAGGAGGGGUGUAAAGAUUCUGAUCCUGGGCAGGAGGAAGGUAAAGACUCUGAUCCUGGGCAGGAGGAAGGUAAAGACUCUGAUCCUGGGCAGGAGGAGGAAGGUAAAGACUCUGAUCCUGGGCAGGAGGAAGGUAAAUACUCUGAUCCUGGGCAGGAGGUAGAGUGUAAAGACUCUGAUCCUGGGCAGGAGGAGGAAGGUAAAGACUCUGAUCCUGGGCAGGAGGAAGAGUGUAAAAACUCUGAUCCUGGGCAGGAGGAGGAAGGUAAAGAAUCUGAUCCUGGGCAGGAGGAGGAGGGUAAAGACUCUGAUCCUGAGCAGGAGGAGGAAGGUAAAGACUCUGAUACUGGGCAGGAGGAGGAAGGUAAAGACUCUGACCCUGGGCAGGAGGAGGAGGGUAAAUACUUUGAUCCUGGGCAGGAGGAGGAAGGUAAAGACUCUGAUCCUGGGCAGGAGGAGGGUAAAGACUCAGGGGAGGGUCCUGCUCCUCUUUUGGCCUCCUUUGAGGAGGACUCCUCUACUCCCCACCUGUCUGUCAGAGAGGAGGAGGUGGAUGUAGUGGGGGACUCAGUGUGUCGGGAGGAGGUGGUGACAGCAACCGAGGAGGAGGAGGAGGAGAGUUGCGGCGGGGGAAUUAACGGAUGGUCGUUCACGCCGCUGGUGGUGCAGAACACUGUUGCCACCAGCAUCAUCAUCAACAACAACAUCAGAAACGUAAACAACAUCAACAACGUAAACAACAACAAUAACUCCACCAUGCCACUGCUAGUUCCCCCAACACCCUCAGACCCACCCUGCACCCCCUCUAUCUCCGGCACCUCGCCCCCCUCCUUCACAGAGCCCCACGAACACAGGUACACCCUGAGGACUUUGCCCCGUAGGGCGGCCUGCGGCGGAGGCAAGGCUGUGGCCCCCUGCUCCUCUCCCAGGAACCCGCUGAAGGAGGGGGUGGAGGCGGAGAGAGAGCUGGUCGCUACUCCUACCCUCUCCUCAGGCUCCAGUAUCCAGUCCAGGGAGUGGUCUCUCCUGUCUCCCCCGUCUGUCCCCAUGGAGCAGGGGAACAGUGGGGCCAGAAGGGACAGGGUAGGGUGGGACAAUAGGGGCCAUGGGGAGCUCUGUGAGACCAGGGGAGGUCUAGACAGUAAGGAGGUGCCAGGAGGAGGAAGUCAACAGGAGGAUGAGGAGGAGGACCCAGACGUGUAUUACUUUGAGUCAGACCACCUGACCCUCAAACAUAACAAAGAUUACCAGAGGUUACUCCAUACUGUAGGUGUGUUGGAGGCCCAGAGAACUCAGAGUAUACUGGACCUGGAGCGUCUGGCCAGACAGCAGAGAGAAGCUCUCCGAGACCCCGUCAGCUUUGUGGAGCAGCUGCAGAAACAGGUGGAGUUGGACCUGCCGCGGCCCCAGAGAGUGGUUCAGCUGCCAGACAUCUCGUGGGACCAGUACACCUCAGGACUGGGUGACUUCGAGAGGGAGUUCUGUGACAAGAAACGCACAACCAGCAGGCUCAAACUCAUAUUCGAUAAGGUUAGGUUACCAGUCGGACCAAAAAGCCCUCUGGAUCCCAAGAAGGAGGAGGAGGGUGAACCGUCAACCCUGUACUCUGCUCUGCCCUCUAGUGACGCUCCUGAGAACAGCAGCAACUCACAGAUGAUCCGAGGGCGGCUGUGUCACCAGAGUAAACCUGACACCUUCAACCAGCUGUGGACCGUGGAGGAACAGAAAAAGUUGGAGCAUCUGCUGCUGAAGUUCUCUCCUGAGGAGGUGGAGUCUAAACGCUGGCAGAAGAUAGCUGACGCCCUGGGCAACAGGACCGCUAAACAGGUGGCCAGCCGCGUUCAGAAGUACUUCAUCAAACUGACUAAAGCAGGAAUCUCUGUUCCUGGGAGGACCCCCAACAUGUGCAUCUACAGCAAGAAGGUGUCCAAUAAGAGGCAGCACCACCUGAACAAGCACCUGUACCAACCGUCUACCUUCCUGACGUCAUAUGAGCCUCCUGUCUAUAUGGAUGAAGAGGAUGAGAGAGCGGCCUACUAUAGCGCCCUGCAGGACCCCGAUGGAGACGACACGGAUGAGGAGGGUGUACCUGAGGAGUUGAGACACCUGCCGGAGUACAAGGAGCUUCUGGAGCUGAAGAGGAUGAAGAAACACAAACUGCAGGAGAUCCAGGCUGAGAGUAGCAUGGCCCUGCACCAUGGAUACAAGUGUGACGUGUGUGGCAUGCAGCCUAUCCAGGGGUUGCGGUGGCAUUGUCAGGACUGUCCCUCAGACAAAGCCGUGGACUUCUGUUCCAACUGCUCCGACUGCCUGUACAAGACAGAGAGCCACGCGCCCAGCCACCAUCUGGAGCCUGUCCAUCACCAUGAGACCUUCCUAGACAGAGACUACUGCCUGGCUCAGACCCCUGGAUAUAACUACCUGGACCCCAACUACUACCCUGCUAACAGAUGACAGCAUGGCCCCUAAUCUCAGCCCUGGGGCCACAGCGACAGACUCCUAGCCUCCUGGUCCAGCACCUGGGGACACAGCUACAGACCCCUAGCCUCCUGGUCCAGCCCUGGGGCCACAGCUACAGACACCUAGCCUCCUGGUCCAGCCCUGGGGCCACAGCUACAGACCCCUAGCCUCCUGGUCCAGCCCUGGGGCCACAGCUACAGACACCUAGCCUCCUGGUCCAGCCCUGGGGCCACAGCUACAGACCCCUAGCCUCCUGGUCCAGCCCUGGGGCCACAGCUACAGACUCCUAGCCUCCUGGUCCAGCCCUGGGGCCACAGCUACAGACUCCUAGCCUCCUGGUCCAGCCCUGGGGCCACAGCUACAGACCCCUAGCCUCCUGGUCCAGCCCUGGGGCCACAGCUACAGACUCCUAGCCUCCUGGUCCAGCCCUGGGGCCACAGCUACAGACUCCUAGCCUCCUGGUCCAGCCCUGGGGCCACAGCUACAGACCCCUAGCCUCCUGGUCCAGCACCUGGGCCAUAGCUACAGACUCCUAGCCUCCUGGUCCAGCCCUGGGGCCACAGCGACAGACUCCUAGCCUCCUGGUCCAGCACCUGGGCCAUAGCUACAGACUCCUAGCCUAUGGGUCCAGCCCUGGGGCCACAGCUACAGACUCCUAGCCUCCUGGUCCAGCCCUGGGGCCACAGCUACAGACACCUAGCCUCCUGGUCCAGCACCUGGGCCAUAGCUACAGACUCCUAGCCUCCUGGUCCAGCCCUGGGGCCACAGCUACAGACUCCUAGCCUCCUGGUCCAGCCCUGGGGCCACAGCUACAGACCCCUAGCAUUCUGGUCUAGCCCUGGGGCCACAGCUACAGACUCCUAGCCUCCUGGUCCAGCCCUGGGGCCACAGCUACAGACUCCUAGCCUCCUGGUCCAGCACUGGGGCCACAGCUACAGACCCCUAGCCUCCUGGUCCAGCCCUGGGGCCACAGUUUCAGCUACACUCCACUUAGCCUCAGCCAGCCAGCCCCAGGCUGAGCUCAGCCUACAGAAGCCUCCAACCGGCAGGCCACACUGUGAAUGGCUCCAGACCUGGAGAACCUAGACAGCUCUCAGUCCAGCUACCCUGCUCACCUCAUCCCACUAGCCCAUCAGGAAGGCAGGCAUGGGGUCUCUGACUGCAGGCUGUGGUGGGGAGGGGGGGGGUUACCAUAACGACCAAACAAAGGAACAUAAUGGAAGUAUAAAAAACACUAUUUAAAAUAGAAUUUAAAAAAACUGAAAAAGGCACCCCGACAUUCCUGAGUGCCGAUACAGAAGAGGCUCCUCCCUCUCCUCCUCCCUCUUCUCUCCUCCUCCCUCUUCUCUCCUCCUCCCUCCUCUCCUCCUCCCUUCUCUCCUCUCCUCCCUCCUCUU